UCAUUGAAAUGUACACAUGUGUGUCAUGCUAUGCCUAGUAUGGUGUCAUGUCACAGGAACUUCGAGCAGUCUGGAAGUAAAUUAUCUGCAAGACAACCAUAAAAGAACGGCAAUUCGUGCACCUUUUUUUUGCCAACUUCGGAUAAGAGUAAGAGGAAGAAAAAAAAUUUGGUCUUUUAUACGGUUCCACGACCAGUGGGCUGUUCUCUCUCUGACUAAAGUAUAUAGUCAGUCAUAUCAAGAUGGCCUCCUCAGAGAAACUCACAAGGAUUGCCAUCGUCAACAGUGACAAAUGCAAGCCCAAGAAAUGCAGACAGGAAUGCAAGAAAUCAUGUCCAGUUGUCAGAAUGGGUAAACUAUGUAUCGAAGUAGUCCCAACCAGCAAGAUAGCAGCAAUAUCAGAACAACUUUGUAUUGGAUGUGGUAUUUGUGUCAAGAAAUGUCCUUUUGAGGCCAUUCAUAUCAUCAAUUUGCCAAGUAAUCUUGAAAAGGAUACCACGCACAGAUAUAAUGCAAAUUCAUUUAAGCUACACAGAUUACCCACCCCAAGACCAGGUGAAGUUCUAGGUCUAGUAGGGACUAAUGGAAUUGGCAAGUCAACAGCACUGAAGAUACUUGCAGGAAAACUCAAACCAAAUCUAGGAAAGUUUGAUUCUCCUCCAGAUUGGCAGGAAAUCUUGCUCUACUUCCGAGGUUCUGAGCUCCAGAACUACUUCACCAAGAUCUUAGAAGAUGACCUGAAGGCUAUCAUCAAGCCUCAGUAUGUAGACCAGAUCCCAAAGGCUGUUAAGGGUACCGUUCAACUCUUGUUGGAUAGGAAAGAUGAGACAGACACACAAAAUGACAUAUGUGAACGACUCGACCUUACAAAAAUCAGGGAUCGCAAAGUAGAGGAGUUAUCUGGAGGAGAGUUACAAAGAUUUGCGUGUGCUGUAGUAUGUAUACAGCAGGCUGAUAUCUACAUGUUUGAUGAACCAUCUAGUUACCUUGAUGUUAAACAACGUCUCAAAGCAGCCCAGGCCAUCAGAUCACUUAUACGUUCUGAUAAGUACAUCAUUGUAGUGGAGCACGAUUUAUCAGUGUUAGAUUAUCUCUCUGAUUUCAUCUGUUGUCUCUAUGGUGUUCCCAGUGCGUAUGGUGUUGUCACAUUGCCAUUCAGUGUUAGGGAAGGAAUCAACAUUUUCUUGGAUGGCUUUGUUCCGACGGAGAACCUGAGAUUCCGAGAGACGUCACUGGUCUUCAAGGUCUCUGAGAAUGCAGAAGAGGAAGAGAUCAAGAGGAUGCGACGAUAUCAGUACCCAGGAAUGAGCAAAACAUUAAAGUCAUUCCACAUGGAUGUUAACCCUGGAGAAUUCACUGAUUCAGAGAUUAUUGUGAUGUUGGGAGAGAAUGGAACAGGGAAGACCACUUUCAUCAGGAUGAUGGCUGGUAUUCUAAAACCAGAUGAAGAAGGUGUGACAGUCCCUCAGCUUAACAUCAGUUACAAGCCACAGAAGAUCAGUCCAAAGUCUCAGGGUACAGUCAGGAUGCUACUCCAUUCCAAGAUCAGAGAUUCCUAUGUUCAUCCACAGUUUAUCACCGAUGUCAUGAAGCCACUUUUAAUCGAGAGCAUCUUUGACCAAGAGGUUCAGAACUUAUCUGGUGGUGAGCUGCAACGUGUAGCCUUGACUCUAUGCCUUGGUCAACCAGCUGAUGUGUAUCUCAUCGACGAACCAUCUGCCUAUCUUGACUCAGAGCAGCGUCUCGUUGCCGCUAAGGUCAUCAAGAGGUUCAUCCUCCAUGCGAAGAAAACAGGAUUUGUAGUGGAACACGAUUUUAUCAUGGCUACCUACCUGGCUGACCGAGUCAUAGUGUUUGAUGGCAUUCCAUCUAUCGAGACCAGAGCUAACACGCCACAGUCAUUGCUUGUCGGAAUGAACAAGUUCCUCGGGUCACUCGAUAUCACCUUCCGCAGAGAUCCAACAAACUUCCGACCUCGCAUCAACAAGCUCAACUCUGUCAAGGACACGGAGCAGAAGAAGGCAGGCAACUACUUCUUCCUUGAAGAUUAAACACUUCCAAUCUAGCUCAUUAUCAAGUGUUAUCUACAUGGAAGCCGUAAGGCCCCUUGAUUCCUUCGGAAUAAGUCAGUUCGGGGUUAAUACAUGUAUGCAAUGACCUUGAAAUUGAUCAGAUAUUUCAAAACACAGAGAGAUUUGGGGUAAUGUACCCUAAAGUUAAAGGGAUGUCCAAUGAAAAGCUUUAGUUCCCUUUAGAAUAAAAUUAUUCCAACACUUUGGUAUCAUGGAAUACACUGAGUGAACAAUGAUGUGAUAUUCCUAGUUGGUUAGGAUUCCAAAGUUCAUCUGUGAACGUGUCGUGUUAAUUUAUUCCUGCCUUUUAAAUUCAAUAAGCCACAAUGAUUGAAAUCAAGCCCUUGCACAUUGCAUUGUAAGCAAUCUUCUUGCAGUUCUGACAUCAUUGAGAUUUAGAUUUGACCUGGUUUAAUUACAGAAUUAUGUUCAGAUCUUAUCCAUGAAUUGGCUUAUUCUUUGAGGAAUGUCCUUGAAGGUCAAUAGGGAGAUAUGUCAUUACACGGGGUUGCAUCUGUUCCAUGAAGUUCUGCAUAUUAUAUAUUUCAGCACAGACUAUUGUGUGGCAACCGUUAACUCUGCAUUAGUUGACCUUCAUAAGUCAAAUAAUUGCCCAAGUAGAAACAGUUUUUCAGACCAGGGCUCCGUUGCAUAAAAGUUACUAUUACGGUAACUUUGCCAUCCAAUGGUAACUACCAUGAUAACGCUGAUAAACAGCCAAUCAAAAUCAAGGAUUUCAUGUAAGUUACCAUUGAAUGGCAAAGUUACCAUUAUGAUAACUUUUGUGCAACAGGGCCCUAAUCAUGCAAAACAUGUCAUUUUUUUUUAAGUUAAAUGUCACUUUCAAUUUGUAGAAAAGGUUUCAUUCCUAGAAUAUUCAAAUUUGAAAUAUAGACCUGUGUGUUGUUUCAUUAAGCUUUUUGUAACAUUUCAAAUGACUUAGCAAUUAAACUAUUGCAUG